GAACUCCACGAGCUGAAAUCUGCAUGAUGGACUUCAGGAGUAAGACAGUGCGAUUUUUGAUCGGGUUUCUCGCCGUUAUGAUCGCCAGCCCGAUCGGGGUGCAAUCUGGAUGCUGCUGCCCCUCACUCUGGACUUCGUUUGGUCAACAUUGUUACAGAUAUUUUUCUUACAAUAUGACAUGGGAACGAGCUGAACAGUUUUGUCGUGGGUUUUCAGUACCUUCUCUCGGAAGUGGUGACCCGGAUAUGGAUAGUCUAGGUCACCUUGUCUCUAUUCACUCUCAAGCGGAAAACGACUUCGUUUUUACACUUUUCAAAUCUUCAGCCCCAAAAGAGGGAAGCAAGUACAUGUGGAUUGGUCUUCACGAUGCCACGUUAGAUGGCAGCCAUGCUUGGGUAGAUGGCACGGACGUUGGAUACACCAACUGGAUCCCGGGCCAGCCUGAUAAUAUUGGGCGCGAAGACUGUAGUGAGAUAGUGAAUACGCGAAUUGGUGAUUGGAACGACGUGAGAUGCACAUUCACCCGUGCGAGUUGCUUCAUCUGUAAGCUACCAUCGUGGUAUUAG